UUGAGAUUGCAUAAUUCGGUUUUUCAGAUCCGCGAGGAGAAUGCUAUAUGUGAUUUAUUAAUAUAUACAUUUAAAAUAUUUGACUAAUAAUAUUACUAAAAUGGAAUUUCCAACUCUUGGUGAACACUGCCAGUACUCCAACUGCAAUCAGACUGAUUUCCUGCCGCUGCAGUGUAAAUGUGGUAAGGUAUUCUGCCGAGAACAUUUCAACACUCAUUGUCUGUCUAAAUCUUGCGAAUUGGCGCCAGAACCUAAAACUGUUAAUUUAAAAAGCGAUGACCAAAUAUUCAAAUGUUCAGAAAAGGGCUGCAGAAAAGGAAAUUUGCAUGAAAUGAAAUGUUUGAAAUGCAAUAAACAUUAUUGUAUUGAACACAGGUUUCAUCCUACAUGCCCUGAAAUAGAUGAUGAGACAAUGGCAAUAAAAGUAGAACAAUUUGAAGCUCCAAGAAGGCAGUUUGCAGAAGCCAAUAAACAUUUACAAGAAAAGAUAACAGAAAACAUCCGAAAGGCCCUCCAAUCUUCAGCAAAAGUGAAGACGGCAUCAAAAAUACAUCUGAUGAGAAUAAAACAAAAGGCCACUGGACCUAAAACCGUACCGGUUUCAGAUAGAGUUUAUUUUGCUGUGGCAAAACCCAAGAGUAUGGAUCCGAAAGCAGUUAACAUAAUCCAGGAUGCUGAAAAUUUAAGUAAUAUUGAAUCAGUGUCUUUAGAUCCCGAUUUAAAAGACACCGUACCUCUCUUUAUAAGUACUAAAUGGAGUUUAGGUCGCGCAAUUGACAGUAUUUGUGAUUCAUGUAAUAUUAAGAAUGAUAAUAACAAAAUGGGUAACACAAAGCUAAGAUUAUUCAGGCAGUUAGACAGUUACUGCGUAAGUCCUUUGAAAAUGGAUACAGAAAUUGGACAUUUGAUGCAAAAGGAAAUUUUGCUUGAAGGAGAUAAGUUACUUAUUGAAUAUAUUGAUAGUGGUGUUUUAAACAAUUUAGAUGAAAAUAGUCAGUUAUUUUUGAGUUGACGGAUUUUGAAAUUGAUUAAUAAUAAUAAACAAUUCAUUCACACAGCGCCAUCUAGUCCCAAGCUAAACAGAGCUUGUGUUAUAUGUACCUGACAACUGAUAUGAAUAUAUAGAUUCAUUUCUUUUGUAAAUACAUACAUAUACCUAGAAAAUACCCAUACUGAUACUCAUACUCAUGAAUACAAAUGUUUGCACCGUGCGUGGAAUGGAAUCCGCAACCAUCGGAGGAAAA